AUGCCGUCCACGGCAAUUGUCCCAGCACCCUGUGCUAGGGCUGGCGAGGCCUCUUGGCACGCCGUCGGGCAAAGCGCCUGCGGCUUGAACGGCUGUGCCAGGCGACCUCGACGGCUGUCGACCUCCUGGGGCCUGUACUCCAACGGUUUGUCGCAACGGCAGCGGAGACGCUUCAUCAAAGUGCAGGCGCAUGACACGACCGGAGCGAGUUGCCAGCAGGGUGGAAGGGACCUGGGUGCUGCCGUUUGGCGUGGUCAGCGUUCACGGCAAGUGCUUCGCAGCAAGGGCUACGUACUCCCUGGUGACCGUCGUUUGGCUGAGUAUGGCCGCGCCGCCACGCAACUUCAGGACUGCCCUGAGGUAGACUUAGAGGAGCUCCUCAAUGAUGCUCGACGGGUGGCGGAGGCAGAUCCCUUCGGAUACCUGAGCUUACCGCAGGUUGCGGUUGCUCCCAUGGCGGCAUGGGGUACUCCUCCAUCGACAGGAACUCCGGAAACCCCAAAGAGUCAGCCUGACCCUGGCGGCUUGGCCGGUCCACGGCGUUCCAGGUCCCUGUCCUCCACAGCGGAAUCUGCGACCAUCGAAGCGGAAGGUCAUGGAGUUCACCGCGGGACACGUGUGGAACAAGCCAAGGAAGAAUGGGGAUUCAAGGACGCAUCCACGGCGAGGAACUAUUUGAAGGCACAGAAACGGCGGCAGGCAAAGCAAGAAAGGCCUCCAACUCUUCCAAGCACCUCCAGUCGCUCCAACCUCACGCAGAAGUCCAGUUCCAGCCGUGUUCGACCAGGAGAAGGAAGCUGCCAAAGUGCCCAGCAGGCGAUCGAAGAGUACAGGCGGCAACAGGAGGCCUGGGCACCGGGCGGCAGAGGAAGGCGGAAGACGCUCAAAGCUCGAGUGGCUUUUCGGAGUUCAGAAGUGGCUCGCCAAACCGAAAGUGCCUUGGCUGCCUCUGGUGAUGUCGGAUGGGGUCAAGCCAUGUCAGGUGGCUGGCUGGGUGAUGUCGAGUCAUAG